AUGAUGUGUUGUGACGACAAAGCUAAAGUCCCAGUCGGAGACCCAGGUGUGUUCAUAUCUACUGGUGUUCGUGGCAAGAAGACAUUAGCUCCAGUUUCAGAGACUUUGGAGGCAUUGGACCAUGAUAUGACAAAAUCAAGUUUAUGCCCUUCUGUUUAUCUUGAAUGUGAAGUUCCAAUGAGUAUUGAAAAGUCAUUUGUUCGUGGACAGGUUAAUGUGGUGGUAAAUGACAGUGUCUUCCAAAGUUCUAACCCAUUUCGCCAUGCUGCCAUUGUGUGUGACAUACUUGCAAAGCGUGACCCAUUACCAAAAGUAUUUUUGCGUUUUUCUGAUGGUGGCACAGAUCAGCGUAACACUUUGGAAUCUGUUAAAUGUGCUGCAAUCUGCAUAUUUAAGGAGAUGAACCUAGAUAUGUUAAUUCUAGGACGCUGCGCACCAGGACACAGUUGGGUAAACCCGGCUGAACGUAUCAUGAGUAUUCUCAACUUGGGGCUGCAGAACUGUGCACUUGAAAGAGGAGAUGAUGAUGCAAAGUUUAAAUCCUGCAAUAGUAUGGCACAGAUUAGAGAACACGUUGGAAAACACCCGGAUCUGAAGCCAGUUUGGGAAGCCUCAAUAGGUCCUGUGCAGAAAAAGGUGGAGGAGCGAUUCCAAAGGCUGAAACUGAAAGACAUUCCUUUUAGAACUUUUGAUCCUGUUUCAGAUGAGAAUAUCAGUAUACUGCAGCGCCAUUUGAGAGAACUCUUUCCAGAAAUGGAUCUCACAAAACUACAGAAAACCCACACAAAGACAAUCAGAUCUUACCAGGCUUACCUUGAAACACAUUGCAGGCAGCGCCACUACACAUUCCAGAUCAGAAAAUGCAACGAUGAAAACUGUUGUAUUCCACCCACAGUUGAUCGCUGUAACCUUACCUGGCUGCCUGAUCCCAUCCUUGAUGGAGAACAUUACAAAACAUACUCUGAUAUGAAAGAUCAAGACACAACAGAGGAGGAUCGUCCAACAUAUCGUAAGACUCCAAUAGCUGAAAGCAAAGUAACAAAAAAACCAAAGGGUAAUCUGAGGAGUGCUCCAUUGUCUCUACAAAGAAAUACAGACGAGCCCAUACAUCAUGAUGCAAGUAUAUUUACUGCACAGAAUGCUCGAUCGGUCACUGACUGUUGUGAGUGCCGCAAACCCCGUGUCAUUUACAGCAAGCAUAAACUCACUGAAAGGCAGAUGGUUCAGGUUUCGCUUCAGCUAUCUGAAUUCGACUACACAUGCGGAUCAUACAUCACCACACCAGCAAACAAACUUCAUGGAGUCAUCUAUAUGAGAACACAACUGUCAUGUAUUGACCCAGUUGAACUAGCAUUUUACAGUUCUGAAGUUGCUAGGAAAGACUUGUGUUGUUUCUGUGCUACCCCAGAAGCAGAGAUCAGUUCCGAUUUAAAGAAACAGUACAAAACUGUUUUACCUAUCUGCCCUGAGUGUGUGGCUGCAGGAAACAAACCGAUCUGCCAGAGACCAUACAAGACAGGACUUGAUAAGCCUAAAGAUAAAUAAAUGUUUGCACCUCCUCCAAACAUACAAGCUUUUAAUUGAUGGUACUAGUUUUGUUGCUUGUUGAGUUUAAAAAAUGAAAAAGUUACCUUUUUACUAGUCAGUCAGUUUUAUUCUGAUAUUGCUUGAUUCUAGUCUAAGAAUUAUUUUAGUAUUGAUUAAUGUCAGUUCUGGUCACAUUUUUGUCAUGUCCAUAUGGUUUACUGAUACUAGUUUUGCUGUUUGUUGAGUUUAAAGUGAUAAAGUUACCUUUUUGACUAGUCAGACAGUUUUAUUCUGAUAUUGCUUGAUUCUAGUCUAAGAAUUAUUUUAGUAUUGAUUAAUGUCAGUUCUAGUCACAUUUUUGUCAUGUCCAUAUGGUUUACUGAUACUAGUUUUGCUGUUUGUUGAGUUUAAAGUGAUAAAGUUAGUCAGUCAGUUUUAAUCUGAUACUGCUCGAUUCUAGUCAGAGAAUUAUUUGAGUAUUGGUUACUGUCAGGUCUAGUCACAUUUUUGUCAUGUCUCUGUCAUAAUUGUUUUCAUGUUCAGUUAUUUAACAAAAAUAAAUUGUCUAAAUGUUAUUUGAUUCACAUUUUCACUCAAGUUUUAUAUAUCAAAAGUUUUGUUUGGAUCUAUAUAGAUCUAUUCAUAAAAAUUCUUUUAUGGGCUUAGAUAGUUCAGUCACCUGAAAUACAACAUUGAAAUGUUCCGACAAACACAAAAAAAAAAAAAAAAAAAAAAAAAAAAAAAAAUCCCUACCUAUCGACCCUCUCUUUUUUCAGCAUGUUACAGGAAACAUAUUUUUUUAUGCCUUAGUAGAGGACCACUAGAUGAUGUCAUAUACAAAAUAUCAAAGCCCUAGGCCCUGUGGUUUUGGACAAGAGAUUUUUCAAAGUUUUUUCCUAUAUAAGUCUAUAUAAACCAUAUGGCCCUCGGGGAGAGACCAUAUUUGACCCCAGGGAAAUAAUCUGAACAAUCUUGGUAGAGGACCACUAGAUUUUGCUACAUACAAAAUAUCAGAGUCCUAGGCCCUAUAGUUUUGGACAAGAAGAUCAGAAACCGUUUAACUGUUCCUGGCCAAUGUGACCUUGACCUUUGACCUAAUAACCUCAAAAUCAAUAGGGGUCAUCUGCUGGUCAUGGCCAACCUAACUAUCAAUUUUCCCGACACUAGGCUCAAGCGUUCUUGAGUUAUUGCCUGGAAACCAUUUUACUGUUCCUGGUCACUGUGACCUUGACCUGUGACAUACUGACCUCAAAAUCAAUUGGGGUCAUCUGCUGGUCAUGACCAACCUCCCUAUCAACUUUCGUGACCCUAGGCCUAAGCGUUCUUGAGUUAUCAUCCGGAAACCGUUAAACUGUUCAGGGUCACAGUGACCUUGACCUUUUACAUACUGACCUCAAAAUCAAUAGGGGUCAUCUGCUGGUCAUGACCAACCUCCCUAUCAACUUCCAUGAUCCUAGGCCCAAGUGUUCUUGAGUUAUCAUCCGGAAACCGUUUUACUAUUCAGGGUCACUGUGACCUUGACCUUUAACAUACAGACCUCAAAAUCAAUAGGGGUCAUCUGCUAGUAAUGACCAACCUCCCUAUCAACUUUCAUGAUCCUAGGCCCAAACGUUCUUGAGUUAUCAUCCAGAAACAGAUUGGUCUUCAUUCCGACCGACCGACAGACCGACUGACCUACCGACCGACAUCUACAAAACAAUAUACCCCUCCUUCUUCAAGGGGGGCAUAAUAAAGACUGACUUACUAUUUAUAUGAUAAGGCAGUUGAGGGAGAGAUGCGCUUUUCACCAUCUUCCUUUGGUUUACAAUAUUAUGAAUUUAUUACUGUUAUAUUAUUAUAUGUAGGUAUGUAGCAAUGGUCAUGUUAGCAAGGAGUGGUGUUCCCAGCCAAUCUUGAACAAACGCCUCAAUAGUGAAGAUUUCUUAGUGUGUGGUUCCAUACUGGCAUCAGGAAACAACUACGGGUAGCUGUGUUUGUGGGCUAAGAUGUUGAAUCUUAGAUUUUCAUCAUCAGACCAGUUUCACAGAAUCCAGUCUACAUAUCUUGUGCCCACUAUUGACCAGUACUGGCAGGUGCAUCAGCAGGGCAUUAUUGAUAAAGUUAGAGGACAAGAAGUUGUUGUAUUACGUGAUGGCCGAAACGACUCGCCAGGGCACAGAUCCCAGUUUUGUUUGUACACUCUGAUGGAAGAAAGGACUAAAUCUAUAAUGACCAUCAAAACUCUUGACAAAAGAGUAACAGACAGAAAAUCUGUUAAUAUGGAAAAACUAGGCGUUGAAAAAGGAAUGGCUGAGCUGGGAAAUGAAAGGGUAGAAGUGAAGGAAGUAGUUACAGAUGCUCACCUUGGUAUAGGAGCAAUUAUGAUGAUAAAGAAUAUAAAGCAAGAUCAGAUUUAGCAGUGCUAUAUAUACUGGAAUGAAAAUGUAGACAGGGAAUUUACUUCACUUUGGAAUCCACCAGAUCAAAGAGCACCAAGAAGACAGCAAGGGAAGAAAAACUAUAAAGAACUUUCAUAUAAAUACAGAAACAAUAUUUGGAAAAAAUAUAUAUUCAAUUUUCAAUCCUCCAAGAAGACAGAGACUAAGACAAAUAAAUAAUUAAAAUGGAUUAUUGAAAGUUAUUAUAAAAAUAUUAAACAUUCACCAAAGAACAGAGUACUUUAGUAAGUUAUUUUCAUUCAUUUUUCAUUCAUUUACAUACUGCAUGCUGAAGAGCAGACGGACUCUGUGUUUACACGAGAUCAGAUUACUGCUGUCUGCUAGAUUACUACAUUAAAUUAGUGUUCAUUCUUACUGUUCUAUAGGCAUUAGAAACAUCUACAGGAGUGAAGCGACCGGGGAUGUUUCUAAUGUCUAUAGAAAAGUUAAAGGGCAAAUACUAAUAUACUUAGUGGGCGGGUUUAUUUGGCUGAUAUUUUAUGCAAUGCCAAAGGCUACCAUAAGAUAGGGGUCAUAACUAAGGUCAAUGAACCUACAUCAUGGGUAAACUCAAUGGUAGUUUGCGAACGCCCGAAUAAAAAGCCUGGAAUAUGCAUUGAUCCACAUGAUCUAAAGAAGGCGAUCAUUCAUCCACAUUACCCAAUGCGCACCUUGGAUGACAUCCUACCAUCACUCAGCAAUGGA